GAGAAGGCGGCCGCCCGCCUGGUCCGUCCUGUCCGCACGUCCCGCCCCGUCCCGCCCCUCGGCGUGCGGGGUCCGCAUCCGCCCGCGCCUCCAAACUUUCGACACCGCCCCGUCGCCGGGGAGGAGAGAACCGCCGCGGGACAGCGCCUUUGCUGAUGAAAGGAUGGGGCCCCUGGAAGCAAUGGGUGAAGAAAACCAGACAGAUGAAAUGAAGAUGGAGUUGUUCACCAAGCUGUACUUGCCAAGAUACACCACACCACUCAAUGAACUGGCACUUGACCCCAAACCAGAGCUGAAGGAUAGUACAACGCUAGUUGAGGUGCAGAUAAUCCUCAUCUUUGCUUACUGUUCCAUCAUCCUGUUGGGGGUGAUCGGGAACUCUCUUGUGAUCCACGUGAUCAUCAAGUUCAAAAGCAUGCGCACAGUGACCAACUUCUUCAUUGCCAACCUGGCCGUGGCUGAUCUGCUGGUGAAUACAUUGUGCUUGCCUUUCACUUUAAUUUACACACUAUUGGGUGAGUGGAAACUGGGCCCAGUCUUGUGCCACUUGGUGCCUUAUGCCCAAGCUCUUGCUGUGCAUGUAUCUACUGUUACAUUGACUGUGAUUGCCUUGGAUCGGCAUCGCUGUAUUGUCUAUCAUUUGGAAAGCAAAAUCUCUAAGCGUAUCAGCUUCCUGAUUAUAGGAGUUGCCUGGGCAGUCAGUGCCCUGUUGGCAAGCCCUCUGGCCAUCUUCCGCGAGUACUCGCUGAUUGAGAUCAUUCCUGACUUCAAGAUCGUGGUCUGCUCUGAGAAGUGGCCAGGGGAGGGGCAGCUUAACUAUAGCACCAUUUACAGUGUUUCCAUGCUCCUGAUCCAGUACGUGCUGCCUCUGGCUGUCAUCUCCUAUGCCUACACCCGCAUUUGGACCAAGCUCAGGAACCAUGUUAGUCCUGGGGCAGGGAACGACCACUACCACCACCGGCGUCAGAAAACCACCAAGAUGCUGCUUUGUGUGGUUGUUGUGUUCGCUGUCAGUUGGCUGCCAUUCCACACCUUCCAGCUAGUCAGUGAUAUUGACAGUCACGUGUUGGACCUGAAAGAGUAUAAACUGAUCUACACGGUGUUUCAUGUCAUUGCCAUGUGCUCAACAUUUGCUAACCCCCUUCUCUAUGGCUGGAUGAAUAACAACUACAGGACAGCCUUCCUCACAGCUUUUCAGUGCGAGCAGCGGCUAGACUCCAUCCACCCUGAAGUGUUGGGAGCUUUCAAAGCCAGGAAGAAGCUGGAAGCAAAGAGGAGUCAGUUCCCUGGAGACUCUUUCACACAACCUACCAAUGUCUAAGAUUUCUGACUUUAAAGAAGAAAUGCACAUGUUGUGGACAAAGGAAUAAAUCCAUUCUGACACAUGCAUUUUUAAUGCAUAGUUUUACUCAUGAAAGAAAAGUAGCAGGCAAAUCAAGGCAGGUUUGAGGGGAGUGGGUUGGCACCACAAGGAUGUAACAACACAACUCCAAGGAAAUAAGAGAGAUAUUUUGUUUGUGGCUGUCUCUAACAUGGUAAGAGCCAACCCCAUCCAUCCCAUCUUUACUUGACAAGUCUCAAUGACAAAGGCAGAGUUUGCUGCUUUGGUUAUAGGAAGGUAAAUGGCUGGUUUGGAGCACAGGAAUACUGCUGAAAGCACCAGGCAACUUGUAUAUUGCACGUAGAGACUGGGGAGAAUUGAAGUCUCCUGGAAGAAUGAAGCCUGUCUGGGGAAAAUGGGCUGUGCUGGUUAAAGCUCAAACUUCUCAGCCACUUUUUCUCCCAUGGGGACCCUUUGUGGAAAUGAGGAAAACAGAGAGAUACGGUACUGUUUUUGACUUGCACUGAAGCACUUCAAACCAGAAUAUUCUGAAUGGAUUAGGGGAAAGAAAAAGAGAAAAGGAGGAAAAAAAAACAAAUUUGGUAUGGAGAACGGUAAAGGUGGAUUUGGGUCAAUCUAAUAAAAAAGUCUUUCCUUAAGAAUUGGCUGUGGUUAUGCUGGUGAGGAAAACAGCAAGCUUGUGACCUGAUCACUCAUCCCCUGCAGAUCCCUACCUUUAAUUCCGCAUUUGGAAGAGCUCAUAAACACAGAGCUUUAAAGUGGCAUUUGAGGGAGGAGAUGCAGGCUCAGGUCUUCUAUGAGCACUUCAUAAACUGCCAAUAUUUUAAUUUUCAAGACCUGCUUAAAUGUCUGACGUGUUAUUAACUCCACAGGCUUUGAAUUGUUGCUGCUUUUUCCUACGUAAUAAAACAGCAGAUAAUUUUGAUCCUCUGGAAAGGCUGCUAGAUGGUAAUGUACUUUUCCUUAUUGUGGUUUUAUGUCACACACUCAUUUUUCGUCUUGGAGCUUUUUCCAUCUUUAGCUUUAGUAAAAAUUAAGAGCAUCUGAAUAAGUGUAACCUAAUGACAGUAUGCUAGGUUUAUGCGAUAACUUAUCAGUUAUUUUGCAUGCUGUAGUUAAUAGUUAAAUUCCUUUUUUGCUCAGGUAUAAAAUUUUCAUCUGUUUACUGUGUUGUGCACAGCAAUGUUCAACUCUUCUGUGUCUUUGUUUAGUCUCUUUGAACUCAUUAAAGAGACGAAGAAAAUUUCAAUCCAUAUUUAUUCCAAGCUGCCUUGCUGCUUAACAAGAAUAAAAAUAAGCGCAAUAGUUUCA